GGGUAACAAUAUCAACUGCACAAAAACUCGGAACCACGUUCAAUCAACUUUACAGAAAAAGAAAAUUGAAAAAUACACUAUUCUAUCCACCUUUGAUAGGAUAGGAGGUAACCCUAUGACUGAGGAUGAAAUAAGGGAUUUCAAUGACUGUCUUGAUAAGAAUGGGCUUGAAGACUUACCAGUAGAAGGGGGAUUUUACACCUGGAAGAAUAAGAAGACUCUUAGAGAAGGCUAGUGUUUGCUCUGCAAUGGCAACGAGGAAACUAGGGAAGCUGAAGAACCAAACCAACGCUAAUCAGGCCAAGAAAGAUGAUGCAGACACAUGUAUUACCCCAAAUCGCAGCCAGCCAACAGAAGGUUUGGUUGGAAAAGAAUCGGACCAGGGGAAGAACACAAUAUCGUGUCUAGAAGAAACACCUAGCCCAAAGAAGAAGACCUUCGCAGAUGCAGUUGGGGAUAAUAUGAUGCUCAAUCUGGAAUUUGUGGAGGGCUUGGAGAUCAAUGCACAAAAGAUUGCAACCAUGAUGGGGGAUGAUGUUAUCCAAGCCAACGGGAGUUGGGACUCAGCCAUCAUCUGUUGCAUCCUUGGAGCAAACCCCCCAUUAGAGGUUGUCAAAGGAUUUGUGCACAGGAUCUCGAGGAACUACGAGAUUGAUGAUGUUAUCUUGCUGAAAGAAGCCCAGUUUAUUAUUCUAUUUAAUAAGAAGGAAGACAAGAAUGAAGUCAUCAAGAGGAAAUAUUACCAAUUUGACAACAAACCUAUGCUAGUAAUGGAAUGGUCUCCAGGGCUUAAAUUUGAACCUAAUGAGCUGCAAGACAUUCCCAUUUGGAUUCAGUUUCCCUCUCUGAAUAUAAAAUACUGGAGCACCUCGGGACUUAGUAAACUGGGGAGUCUUAUUGGGAGGCCAAUUAAAAGAGACAAUGCAACAGCCACAAGAACAAAACUUGAAUAUGCAAGGAUCCAAGUUGAAGUACAUGCCAAGCAGGAAUUUCCCAAGGAGAUUAAUUACAUGGAUGAGUAUGGGAGACUGAUUACACAAGAGAUUGUGUAUGAAUGGAAACCAUCACUUUGCAAUCAUUGUAAGAAACUUGGGCAUGAGGAGGAGACUUGUAAAAAGAAGAACCAAAAACCAGUGCAGAGGAGAAUUGUGUGGAAAAGGGCCCAGGAAAAGAUGCAAAAGGAGGAAAAGGACAUCUCAAAUGAAGGGGAAAUAGAGGACGGUAAUCAAGAAGCAUUUCAGAAUGUUAGUGGAAGGAAAGCCGCAAGAAGAUCCCCCACAACAAAGGAAAGAAGAUAUGGUGAUCUGAAUAAAUAUAGAGAAUUCAGAGAGGCCCAGCAAGAAGGGCACCAACCUCAUCUUCAUGUUAGGUGUCUGGAAUGUUAGGGGGCUGAAUGGCCUCGGUAAACAAGAAGGUAUCAGUGAUUUUGUAAAUAAAUACCAGUUUGAUGUUUUUGGAAUGCUUGAGACAAAAACUAAAGAUAGUUAUUUUAAAAAGAUUGAGAGUAAACUAUUCAAUGGAUG